GCUUUUCACUUUUUCUGCCACUGGAAACCAAAAGAGAAACCUCCUUAACCCUGUUCAUGUCCUCUAGUCUCCUCAUUAGUCAAUUCUCAACUAAAAAUUUUUCCCCAUUCCAUCUGUUCCACUGAUCAAAUGCUGUUUUUCAUCACAUGUCAUCCAGUUUUUUGAUCAGACAAACACAAAGACAUGAAAUCAAUGAAGGGAAGAUUCUUGAAGAAACUGAGGUUUAUUCCAACCAUACACACACUUAAACAUGGUCUGGUUUCUCACCUCAACUCCACAGACAAGUUCUCCAAUCAGAUCCUGCAAAUCCCAUCAGUUUACAUACAAGAAGAUCACAAGAUCAACAAUCUCCAAGAACCUGUAACUGCAGAUAUUGCUGUAUCAGAACUGAAAAAUGAAGAAUCUGAUAAUUUGGAACUCCAUGUUCACGACGAUGAGAAAAUUACACCCUUUACGGUGUUCAACGACAAUGUCCCAGCAGCCAUAGAUAACUUGGAGUCUCCCGUCUCCUCGGAGAUUACCAUGGAAUAUGACACAGCUGAUGAAGCUGAUCAUGAAAAGUAUACUGAAGAAUAUUCAUCUCUUUCACAUUUUGAAGAGAAAUGUCCUCCCGAAGGAAGCGAAUCUAUAGUUCUAUACACAACAAGUUUGAGAAGUAUAAGAAAGACAUUUGAAGAUUGCCACACGAUACUGUUUUUGCUGGAAAGUUUCAAGGUUGAGUUCUAUGAGAGAGAUGUUUCCAUGCACUUAGAAUACAGGGAAGAACUGUGGAGAAUAUUGGGUGGCAGAGUGAUUCCUCCGAGGCUUUUCAUCAAGGGAAGAUACAUAGGAGGAGCUGAUGAAGUUGUUAGCUUGCACGAGCAAGGGAAGCUAAAGAAGCUCUUGGAAGGAAUCCCAAAACUCCUGUCUAAUGCUCCUUGUGUUGGCUGUGGCAACAAGAGAUUCGUAGUUUGUUUCAAUUGCAAUGGAAGCCGCAGGGUCUUUAAUGGUGGAGAGAGUGAUGAAAUGAAUAUCAUUAGAUGUUCUGAGUGUAAUGAAAAUGGAUUGGUUAAAUGCAGCAUUUGUUACCGAUGAGUGAUGAGUCUUGGCUCCUGUUGGCUGGUUAAUUGGCUGUGAUCAGUAUUUCUUUAUUUUGCUCUUUCUUGAUUCUGUGAUGUAUUAAUACCCUCUUCUUCUCUCUAACUUCUCAUCUGAAUUUUAAUUUCAGAACAUUUUUUUUUAACUGGGAGAUUAUUCAA